AUGGACAAUCGCGAACUCAGCCCCGACUGUUCGCUAGCCGAGCCCCAGGAUAUCGAAUAUCGCUAUCUCGAGCUAGAAACGCCGUUGCCGACCCCGUCCAUUACACUACCCCCGGGCCCCGGUCAGUCGGCGCCUCCUGAUGCCCCGAGCUUGGAAAAAUAUACUUCGCCGUUUUUGUGGCCCAAAUGGCGCAAGGACAUGAUGACCUAUAUUUCUUGCGCGGUGACCGCGCUGGCUGGUUACUCUGCCGGAGAGGUCAGUCCGGCAUCGGAUGAGUUAUGCAAAGAAUGGGGCAUUAGCGACGUGGUGUACAACUUGAGCAUCACUAUUUUCUGCGUUGGAUUCGCCCUGGCUCCCAUGGUUCUGGCUCCCUUCUCGGAAAUCAACGGACGCAGACCCAUUUUUGUUGCCAGUGGUAUUCUUUUCGUCGCGAUGCUGGUUGCAUGCGGAGGUACACAUUCAUUCGCCGGGCUGUUGGUCGCUCGUUUCUUCCAGGGUAUUGGUGCAUCUACCUUUUCUACCAUGGUGGGCGGUGUCAUCAGUGAUAUCUACCACGCACAGGACCGAAACACCCCGAUGGCUCUCUUCUCCGGUGCAGCCCUCUUCGGAACGGGUCUGGCACCUUUGAUCGCCGGAGUUAUCGUCGCCCACACUACCUGGCGCUGGGUCUACUACUCGCACGCCAUUGUAUCUGCCGUCUUCGUCGUUAUCAUUUUCAUUUUCUUCAAAGAAACUCGUGGCAGUGUCCUGUUGAGCCGCAAAGCCAAAAAGUUGAACACCUACUACGAGAAGCUCGAAGAGGCCGGCCACUUUGGCGUCAUCCUGUCGAGUGAAGAGUCGGGCGAAGAGAAGUGUGUCCGACGUAUUCGAUGGAAGGUGAAGAGCGAUGAGCAGCGGGCGUCUUUGGCCACUAUGAUUCAGAUUUCGGUGUAUCGACCUUUCCACAUGCUUUUCACCGAGCCCGUUGUCUUCUUCUUCUCUUUGUGGGUGUCCUUUAGCUGGGCCACUCUCUACCUCCAAUUCGGCUCAGUGCCUCUUGUCUUCAAAAAGAACCACGACUUCAACGUUGAGCAGGCAGGCGCUGUGUUUACCUCCAUGUGUGUCGGCGUCAUCAUCAUCACCAUCAUCAGCAUCUGGCAAGAGAAAAUCGUCGCUCACUUCGGCAAGCUCUCGUCUUCCGCCGAAGGACGUCUCUACUUUGUCUGCGUCGAAUCGAUUCUACUACCCAUUGGUCUGUUCUGGUUCGGCUGGACAUCUUUCCCAUCCAUUCCCUGGAUCGUCCCAGCGAUCGCCGUCGGCUGUGCGACCAUGGGCAUCUUCUCGAUCUACCUGGCCACUUUCAACUACCUGGCGGACACAUACCACCGAUACGCCAGUUCGGCAAUUGCGGCGCAGUCUUGUUGCCGGAACUUGCUCGGUGGCGUGUUCCCACUCGUGACGGCUGCGAUGUUUAACAACCUCGGUUUCCCUGGUGCAUCCAGUCUUUUGGGUGGUAUUGGCGCGCUUCUUACUCUCGUUCCCUGGGUCCUGGCUUUCUACGGACCCAAGAUUCGGGCAAGGAGCAAGAUGGCGAGUGAGCUCGCACAUUAA